AUGACAUAUUUUGUGAAAUUGCAGACAUGUACCUGUUUCUCCUGGGCCUGCUGGUCCUCUUCCUCCUGUUCCGCUGGGCCAGAGAGCUGCCCAGGGUCGGCGACAAGGGCAACAAGUACGUCUACAUCACGGGCUGCGACAGCGGCUUCGGGAAUCUCCUCACGCGCCACUUGGACAAGAAGGGGUUCCGGGUGAUCGCCGGGUGCUUCACCGAGAAGGGAGAGGAGGGGCUGAAGAAGUCCUGCUCCAGCAAGCUGGUAACAACACACCUGGACGUCACCUCCAAGGACAGCGUCGCCAAAGUCGCAGCAAUGAUUAAGGACACCGUGGGAGAGCGCGGCUUGUGGGCUGUGGUGAACAACGCGGGAGUGGCCACGCCCUCCGGCCCGUGCGACUGGCACACCCUGGAAGACUACAAGUUCAUGCUGGAUGUGAACGUGAACGGAGUGAUCGGAGUGACCCUGAGCGUCCUGCAGCUCAUCAAGAAGGCGAGGGGGAGGGUGGUGAACGUGGCCAGCGUGUUUGGGAGGAUCUGUGUCACCGGGGGGCCGUACCCUGUCUCAAAGUACGCCGUGGAGGCCUUCACCGACAGCCUCCGGUUAGGUAUGGCACCGUUUGGUGUGAAGGUUCUGUGCAUCGAGCCCGGCUUCUUCAAGACCGCCGUGACUGACAGCGACAUCCACAUCAAGAACGCCCAGGCGAUGUGGGACAAGCUGCCCCAGGAAAUCAAAGACCAGUAUGGAAGUGAUUAUGUGCAAAAAGUCAAACAAGUCACAAAAGAAAAAAUCGAAGCGAUGAGCAGCGGAGACCUGAUGAAGGUGGUGAGCUGCAUGGAGCACGCUGUGUCGGGGGUCUGGCCUCGCAAACGCUACUCUCCCGGCUGGGACGCCAAGUUCUUCUGGCUGCCGCUGUCCUACAUGCCUACCUGCUUCGUCGAUUACCUCAUGCUGAAGGGAGCCAUCCCCAUAGCCGAGCAGAGCCGGUAGAGCUGACCCACCCUCUGGUUCCAGGCUCCGUCUCUGUUUGGAUCGUUUGCUCCAGAGGCAGGGCCGCCGCAAGGGGAGUGCGAACCGUGCGACCGCACGGGGCCUCG